AUGAACACUACUUAUCACGACGAAAGCUCCGAGCUUGAUCUCCAUCCAUGGACCAAAAUUGCAACCAUCCUCCUAAUAACUCUCUUUCUUCCUUUACUAUGCAUUAGAAUCGUCCUUUCCACCACCCGCUCCAAGACCCGGAACCCACCGGGUCCUCGGGCCCUACCCGUAAUCGGCCACCUCCACCUUCUAAGCGCAAGGCUGCCCAAAUCCCUGGAAGCCCUCUCCAACAUCCACGGCCCGAUCAUGAGAAUCCUCAUGGGACCAACCCCGGUCUACGUGAUCUCCGACGCUGCCACGGCCCAACAAAUCCUCAAGGCCCACGACGUCGAUUUCUCCUCCAAGUACCCACUGGGCUUCGGCCUGUCGCGCUUCGACAUCUACGACGACUCCAGCUUCGUCAACGCCCCGUACGGCCCGUACUGGCGGUUCAUGAAGAAGCUCUGCAUGACCCAGUUGUUCGCUGGGCCGCAGCUGGGCCGGUUCGUCCACAUCAGGGAGCAAGAGACCUCCAAACUCCUCGAGUCACUCGAGAAGAAGUCGAGGCUUGGCGAGCCGUGCGAUCUGGGGAAGGAGCUGUCCGGUCUGGCAAACUGCAUCAUAUGUAGGAUGGUGAUGGGGAAGCGUUGCGCUGAGAGCCCGGAGCUGCCGUCGGUGAUCAGGGGGCUGGUGAGGAAGAUGAUGGAGAAGGCGGCGAAGUUGAGCUUCGUGGAGGUUUUCGGGCCGUUGAAGAGGUUUGAUGUGUUGGGGAAUGGGCGGCGGUUGGUGGCGGCGACUUGGGAGUACGAUCGUGUGAUGGAGGAGAUUAUGAGGAAGUAUGAGGUGGACGGUGACGUUGAUAGUCGUCGCUGGGAAGAAGAAAAGGAAGGAGGGAAGGAUGUGAUGGAUAUAUUGCUGGAGACUUACAGGGACCCUGAUGCGGAGUUGAAGCUGACCAGAAACCACAUCAAGAAAUUGUUUCUAGAAAUCUUCUUCGCCGGAGUGGACACAACAGCAGCAACCAUACAAUUUGCCAUCGCCGAGCUGAUCAACAACCCCAAGAUCCUCAAUCGGCUCAGACAAGAAAUCGACACAGUCGUUGGGUCUACUCGGGUGUUACAGGAAGCCGACAUCCCAAAACUGCCCUACUUACAAGCAAUAGUCAAGGAAACGUUCAGGAGGCAUCCCGCCGGCCCUUUGCUCCGCCGUCAGUGCAACGUGGAAACCAAGAUCAAGGGGUACGACAUAAAACCGGGCGAUAGGAUCAUUAUCAACGCCUACGCCAUCAUGCGCGACACCAUGACCUGGAAAGACCCCGACGAAUUCGUGCCAGAGAGAUUCUUACAACCUCCGGCGGCCACUGAUUCAGGGGGCUCCGAUACUAAUAUCUACCAAAUGGAUUACAAGGGUCAGGAUUGUCGUUUCCUCCCCUUCGGGAGCGGGAGGAGAGCUUGCCCGGGUACGUCACAUGGCUUGAUUGUGACCCACAUGGCAAUCGGAGGUUUAGUGCAAUGCUUCGAUUGGAAAGUGAAGGAUUCGGACAGGAUUGAUAUUAAGUUGGUUACAGGGUACUCUGGAGCCAUGGCUCUGCCUCUCAUCUGCUACCCCAUCUCCCGAUUUGAUUCUAUUUGA